ACAUGGCCACCAGAACACAAGGUUACAGUGCGACGUAAUUUUGAAAAGAGAGGUGCGGCUAAGAUGUCCCAACUAAUGCAAGAUGUUCGAAAAGACUUGGAGUACAAACCAGGUUGGAUGGGAGCUGAUGUGUGGCAACAAUUAUCAGUACAUUGGAAUUCGUUAAAGUUCAAAAAAGCAUCUGAAACGAAUAAACGAAACCGGUCUUCUAUGGAUGGCGCAUCUCUUCAUACUGGAGUGUCUAUUCCUCAUCGUUUACAUUGGAAAAGAAUGAGAAAGGAAAAGGGUGUAGAUCCAUCAUUGACAGAGUUCUAUUUUCGCACACAUCGGAAAAAGGAUCAAAGUUGGGUAGGAGUUCAUGUUGAAUUUGCAUAUGAUAAAUUUGAACAGAAAAAGUUGGAGAUUUCUUCUCAGAAUCCAACUAUUCCAGGAGAGGACGAAGCUGAUAGUCAACCAACUAUUGAAAUGCCACUUGAUUUGGAUAUAUGGGUAGAGUCGGUUGGAAAGAAGAAAGGGAGGGUAUUUGGUCUUGGAACCGCUUCUAAGACUUUGGUUUCAGUAUCAAAGAAACCCUCGAGUCUUUCUAGUGACUCUCAAGAGGUUGAUGUUUUGAGAAGAUUUGUUGGGUCUUCUUCUCACCCACCACAACCUACUAAUGAAAAUGAUCAGACAAAUGAAGAUUGCGUCGAUGAAUCAGAUGAAGAAGACCUUAGUAAUGAAUUUUGA